AUGUCACCUGCACUUUUUAGCGAUAAUCGACAAACGACAGUUCGCCAAGUAAAACUCAAAAAACCCUUUGUAGAGGAUGUGAUAGCGCCAGUUACAAAGGACAUCCAGCCCCUGGAGGAGUCGCAGUCGAUAGGAGGAGAACAACCAACUGAACCGGAAACGGGACCUGAUAAGGAUGGCGGCGAAUCCCUGACAUCGGCCAUGGCCAUCGAGGGCUUUGUGCAGGGCGCACCCGAGGAUUAUACAGAGGCACGCAUGAAGCAGAUCAUCGAAUCGGGGGACCUUGAGCAGCUGGCCGAGAUCGGGCUGAAUGGCGAGGGCGCUAGUCUGUUGAAUCCCAAGUCCAAGGAGGCGGAAAUACAAGCCUUUCUCAACAACGUGCCCAGCUACAUGGUAAGCGGAAGGAGAAAAUCCAUCGCGAUUUGCCGGAAUCGCCGGAAGUUUGCCAUUGCAAAGGACGACAUAUCCCCCAAUGGCUCCACGGCCCUGCACGUGGCCGUGCUCUUUGGACAUACGGUUGGGUACAUCGUUCGGUAUUUGGCUUCGCGCUUUCCGGAGACCAUGAUAAUUACGGAUAAUGACGGACGCACGCUGCUUCACUAUGCAGCCACGAUUAAGGACAAUGGCCAUUUCUACAACAUGUUAUCCCAGCUGGGCGGCAAUUCCAAGGCACUGGACAAGUGGGCCAAGGUGCUGGGUACUCCCAUUUUCAUAUCACCAUGUCUCUGGGACAAGGAGAAGGCGAAGGAUAUUCUCAACUACACCGAGCUGCUCGAUCUCUUUGGGGCCGAGGAGCUCAAAGAUCAGUUGAGCUCAGCUCAACGAUCAAGUGCCCGGCGAGAGCUGCAGGAUGGUGAGAUCUCACGCACUCUGGAGCGCUGUUACAACGUGAUAGCGGAAUCGGGAAAGCUUUUGAGCGCCAGCACGGCCUCGGCCCUGUCGCACCGGAAGCCACUGAGCGCCUCAUCGCUGAAGUUGUCGGUGACCAGCUUCCUGAGCCGCUUCCUCAAGCGUGCCGUUUACGAAAAGAUCAAGCGCCGCCAGACGCGACUCGACCACAAUCUCUUCGAUAUGCUGUGGCCGGCGAAAUAA